AUGUGGAAGGCGAUUACAGCCCUCUCCCAGUCGCGCAUAGGUCGCGGUGUAUCCACAGUAUGGUCGUACCGCAAGCCGAUCGUGGUCUGUGUUGUGCUUACAGGGGUUAGCUCGUCCAUGAUCGCAUCAUAUACGAUGCAGCGCAAGAUGGAGCAUGUCAACGACGAUACUUACCUGACAUGGCGUGUGCAUCCUGGUGCCAUUGUCGAUGUGCGUGGCCCCACCUCGGUGACGCAACUGCUUUCUCCGAUGACGCUGGGCGACGAACCUGUACGUGUAAUGGAGAUGCACGAAGUACUACGUACGCUACGACACGCUCAGCACGACAAGCGUGUGCGUGGUUUGGUCGCAGACUUUAGUGUGCUGCAUGUACCACGCAGUGUCCGGCAGACACCGCUAGGGCCUGCGCAAGUGGAAGAACUGGUCCAUGCGCUUCGUGCGUUCCAGGAGGCUAAGAAGCAGCAGUUCCCAGACGAUGAGCGGCCUACGACGGUAGCAUGGGCGGAUACUUUUGAUGCCCAGUCGAUGUACUUGCUUGCAAGUACGUUUGAUCGUGUCUACAUGCAGCCCAGCGGGAUGGUGCCGUUGAUCGGUGUGGGCAAGACCUUCCCAUUUGUACGCCGUGUGCUGGACUGGCUGGGCAUUCACGCUCGAACGGAAGCGCGGGAGGAGUACAAGUCCAUGGUAAGCACCUUUGUACAGGACGAAUUCCCACCAGCGCAGCUGCAAAAUAUGUCAGAACUGUACGGCGAUCUGCAGCAGAAUGCGGCACGUAUGCUAGGCGAACACCGGUUUCGUGAUGUGGAGAACAGCGCAGCCAAAGUGUAUGAGCUCAUGCAGCAUGGCCCUUAUACAGCACGCGAAGCGCUGGCGGCCGGCUUGAUUGAUGCAUUGGUCCAUCGUGAGGAUGUGACGCCAUCGUUGCAAAAGGGUGUUCAUCGCAAGACGUUCCCGCUAUAUGCACAGAUCUGCGCGCGGCAAGCGGCUCGACAGCGCUCUCGUACCCAGCCGAAAAUCGGCGUAGCGUACUUGGAAGGCACGAUGCAUCGGCAGUCGCAGGCAGGCUCCGUCAGCGAAGUGAUUCGUGCGCUACGCGCGCUUGCCGAGAACGACGAGGUGGAAGCUAUGGUCCUCCGCAUCAAUUCCGGCGGCGGUGAAGUGAUCGCGAGUGAAACGCUAUGGGCCGCCAUGCAGCAUGUGCGGCAGGAGACGAAGAAGCCGAUCGUGGCGUCGUUUGGGAAUGUCGCGGCGAGUGGUGCGUACUAUGCGGCGACAGCCGCAGAUGCGAUUUUCGCCAGCGAGAAUACCGUGAUGGGCAGCAUUGGCGUGGCGGUAGCACGCCCCUUUCUCUCACGGGCGGUGCUCGAUGCGUUGCGUAUAUCUAUGCAGUCUGUGUAUGCUGGCUCCACCGGCGCUAGUGUCCUGUACGAUAUCGACGCACACCAAGCCGCGCGCAUGAAGAAGCAUGCCGACGAGUCCUAUGCUGACUUCCUUGACAAGGUGCAGGAAGGACGCGGUAUGCAUGCUACAGUGCUAUCCCAACUCGCAGGCGGUCGCGUGAUGACAGGCCUCACAGCUUGGCGUCAGUGUGUGCCUGACGCAGGUGCGUUCAUCCUCCCACCCACGUACCGGCCACACCGUGCUCCGCCUUUAUCGACCGAGCCAUGUACAGCAUGGACCGUGGUUCAUGAGGAGCGUGAGGCCAGUGUCCCCUUGGCCCACGUCCAACGCAAGGACCAGGGAGAGAACGACGAUGCGUAUGUGGAGGGCGAGGACACCGAGGCGUUGGUACAGCGCGAUCUUGAGGCCCAUGCGCGUUGCACCUCGGCGCAAGCGCCAGCGUCGCAUGGCCGUGGCCUGAUCGAUGCGAUCGGUGGGCUGGACGACGCAAUAGCGUAUGCACAUGCAUUGGCGCAGGAGCGAGCAGGGACAGCCCCUGUCUCCUCCAACGACGAGAUUCAGCUGGUUCGCUUGCCAACGCGCGUCCCCCUAUGGCGCCAUAUGGCCACGGCAUGGGCCGGAGGUGAGAUGGAUAUGAAAGCGGAUUCGCCCUGGGAUACCCUGUCUUUGUGGGCCUACAAUCAAUGGGCGCAACUACAUAGUCUAGCUGCCCAAACACGUGCAGAAAUGCCCGGGCCAUGGAUACCAUAG